GUGACCGUGAUGGAGCCGUGCAUUGCCGGGGCAAAAAUAUCCUAGCCCAGCCGGCCAGCACGAUUGAGAUCGAUGGCCCAUGGAUGAUUGAUCCCACCCCGCUUAUCUUAUCUCACCCGUCGCGCGCAGAGCCCCACCACCAAGUACACCAUCGAUGUCUGCCACCGAACCGGCAGCCGGCCUGGCCUCCGAUGGCUAUGACCGCCGGCGCGAGCUGCUGCAAGCGUUCGACGACACCAAGGCGGGCGUGAAGGGGCUCGUCGACGCCGGCGUCACGGCCAUCCCAGCCAUCUUCCGCCACCCCCCGGAGUCACUCGAGGCGACCUCGUCCCCACCGCCCACCGACGUCGUGGCCAGCGCCGGCACCAUCCCGGUCAUCGACCUCGCAGCUGCAGCACCGCGAGGAGAGGUGGCCAGCCAGGUGAAGCGCGCGGCCGAGACCGUGGGGUUCUUCCAGGUGACCAACCAUGGCGUGCCGCGGGAGCUCAUGGCCGGCGUGCUCGCCGGGGUGAGGCGGUUCAACGAGCAGCAACCGGAGGUGAAACGCCGGUUCUACACCAGGGACACUGCGCGCAAGGCGAGGUUCUGCUCCAAUUACGACCUCUUCCAGUCGGCCGCCGCCAACUGGCGCGACACCCUCUUCUGCGAGCUCGCGCCGGACCCGCCGCGGCCAGAGGAGCUCCCGGAGGCUGUCAGGGGCGUGAUGCUGGAGUACGGCGACGCGGCGACGAAGCUGGCGCUGUGGGUGUUGGAGCUGCUGUCGGAGUCCCUGGGGCUGGCGAGCGACCACCUGCGCGAGAUGGGGUGCGCGCAGAGCCUCAACGUGGCGAGCCACUACUACCCGCCGUGCCCGGAGCCGCACCUCACCCUCGGCACCAGCAGGCACGCCGACGCCACCUUCGUCACCGUCCUCCUGCAGGACGGCACGGGCGGCCUGCAGGUGCUCCUCGACCGCGGCGGCUGGGUGGACGUCCCUCCCCUCCCCGGCGCUCUCAUCGUCAACAUCGGCGACUUUCUUCAGCUUGUCAGCAACGGCCGGUUCAGGAGCGUGGAGCACCGGGUCCUGGCGAACAAGAGCAGGGACACGCCGAGGGUCUCGGUGGCGUGCUUCUUCAACGCGGACGCCAAGAGAUCUACGAGGCUUUACGGACCCAUCACGGAUGGCGGCAGUGCGCCGCUCUACAAGAGCGUCACGGCUAGGGAGUUCGUCGCGUACUCGUACAGCAAAGGUCUCGGCGGUCGCCCGCUUGAGCACUUCCGGUUGGGGGCAGAAGACUAGAGCAUACUCCUAGAACAGCUGCGUAGUGCCGUAGUCAGUGAUGCAAGUCCUGCAUUCCAAAUUGUAAAUUAUUCCAUGAAUCUUGAAGUAAGUUUGACCGAAUUUAUAUGAUAAAAUAAUAAUUAUUAUAAUACCAACUAAGUAUCA